AUGGACUUCAACAACCUCAAAGAUCAGGUUAGCAACCUGACUUUAUAUGAUCUCAAGGCUGGUGUUCGGAAGGUGCAAAAUGCUGUCAUGAACUAUACAGAAAUGGAGUCCAAGGUCCGAGAAGCCACAAAUAAUGAACCAUGGGGCGCUUCGACUACCCAAAAUCUUAACGAGAUUAUGCCCAUGAUUUAUAAACGAUUCACCGAUAAGGCUGCCGAGGAAUGGCGACAGAUUUACAAGGGCCUACAACUUCUUGAAUUCCUGAUCAAGAAUGGAUCCGAGAGAGUGGUCGAUGACGCAAGAUCUCACAUGUCCUUGCUGCGGAUGUUGCGACAAUUCCACUUCAUUGAUAUGAACGGCAAGGAUCAGGGUAUCAACGUGCGAAACCGAUCUUCCGAGUUGGUGAAGUUGUUGGGCGAUGUGGAUCAAAUCCGCACAGAGCGCAAAAAGGCCCGGAGCAAUCGCAACAAGUUCAGUGGCUUUGAAGGCGGUAUGAAUGUUGGUGGAAUGUCUAGUGGCUCUAGUCGCUACGGUGGCUUCGGCAGCGAAAGCAUGGGAUACGGUGGUUACAGCGGUGGUGUAUUCGGUGAUGGUGGUGGCUUUGGCGGUGCCUCGAGUGAAUUCCAGGAUACCAGUGCUCGCCGGGGUAAUCAAUUCGAUGAAUACGACGAGUACGAUGAGGGUGAUGUUAGCCCUCCAACACGUACACCCGCCGCCGCUGCCACUACCUCCAAGAGAGCACCACCCAAGAAGCCGGAACCAGCCCCUGCUCCCGUAGUAGACUUGUUCGAUUUCGGUGAUGAUGAACCUGCGACGACCACUACUUCUACCGCCGCUGGCAAGCAGCCCGCUGGAAGUGCUUUGAACAUGCUGGACACCGGAAACGAUGACGAUGACUUCGAUGACUUCCAAUCCGCAACUCCGGCACCGGCUGCUUCCAACCAAUUCUCCAUCGCGCCUCCUGCCUCGACCGCGAGCACAACAUCCCACACUCAAUUCGUUGCUCCUCAGCCCGUCUCAGCGUCACAGGGUGCCAACAUCAACGGCAUUGUCGGCUUCACUUCGGCAACUCCUACUCCAACCUCGAGCUCACUCGCUUCUCCCGUCUCCCAGACAGCCAGUAUCCAACAGCAGCAGCUCCCCAAGCCCACAGGCUUCCAAGCAGCUACCCCCAACUACUACACUUCUGUCUCAAACCAAAACUCUCAUUUCUCGCAAGGUGCCGCCUCCUCAGCCUCCGCUAAGGCUCCCUCUACAGCAAGCAAGCCCGCAGCCUCAGCAGCUAAGCCCUCCGGCGAUGCCUUCGGCUCCCUCUGGUCCAAUGCCAGUGCCACCGCUGGUAUCAGCAAGGCGAACGCGAAUGCCAACAAGGGCCCCAACCUUGCUAGCAUGGCUAAGGAGAAGGCUAGCGCUGGUAUUUGGGGAGCUCCUGCCAGCUCUGGGGCACCAGCCCAACCAAAGCAAUCUGGUGGUUCGGCUUUCGACGACCUGCUCGGUUAA